GAGCAAUGAACAACAAAACACGAAGAUCAUAAGCUACCUUCUUGUAACAUUUUGAUUUUCACCAAAAAAGAAAGAUAAGAAAAUGCAGUCGAUGAAGGAAACAGCUUCCAACAUUGCAGCUUCUGCAAAGUCUGGCAUGGACAAGACCAAAGCUACCUUGGAAGAGAAGGCGGAAAAGAUGACGACACGAGACCCGGUUCAGAAACAGAUGGCCACACAGAAGAAAGAAGCAAAGAUCAAUCAAGCUGAGAUGCAGAAGAGAGAAGUGCGUGAGCACAACGCUGCCAUGAAAGAAGCUGCUGGAGCUGGAACCGGAACCGGAACCGGUCUAGGUUUGGGGUCAGCCACUCACUCAACCACUGGACACGUCGGACAUGGGACUGGGACCCACCAUAUGUCAGCUUUGCCUGGUCACGGUACGGGACAAGCAACCGGACACGUUGUGGAGGGAACGACCUUGACCGAACCGAUCGGGACAAACACUGGAGCUGGUCGGACCACCGCUCAUAACACCCACGUCGGUGGUGGGACCACUGGGUACGGAACCGGUGGAGGAUACACUGGAUGAGGCGAUUUCUCAUAUGCUUUUGUGUGUUCAUAUUGCUUUUCGGGUCCUACCUUUGUUUUUUUUUUCCAGUAAGAGCAACCUUAUCAA